AUGGUCAAGGUCCUCUUCGAGACCGCCGUGGGCUUCUGCCUCUUCAACGUCUCGGAUUCGUCCAAACUCGAGGCCACCAAAAACCUUCACGAGUCGCUCGACUCUGCCGAAGGUGCUAGCAACCUCCUCAAGCUCUCUGCCAUCCACCGCUUCACCAACACCGCCGAGGCUGUCGAGGACAUCUCUGCCAUCAACGAGGGAAAGAUGAGCAAGAGUCUCAAGAAGUUCCUCACUGAUGAGAUCGUCGAAGGAAAGGGCAAGGAGAAGGAGAACCUCAUUGUUGCCGAAUCCAAGCUUGCUUCCAACAUUGCCAAGAAGCUCGGCAUACAGGUCACCUACGACAGCGAACUCCUCGACCUCUACCGUGGCAUCCGCGAGAACCUGGCCACCCUCCUCUCCUCGUCCUCGGACGAGACGUCGCUCGACCCUCGCGACCUCAACACCAUGAGCCUCGGUCUCUCGCACAGCUUGAGUCGCUACAAGCUUAAGUUCAGCCCGGACAAGGUCGACACCAUGGUCGUCCAAGCCAUCGGCCUGCUCGACGACCUCGACAAGGAGAUCAACAUUUACGCCAUGCGUGUCAAGGAGUGGUACGGAUGGCACUUCCCCGAGAUGGGCAAGAUCAUCACCGACAACCUCGCCUACGCCAAGGUCAUUCGCGCCAUGGGUUUCCGUACCAACGCCUCGGCUACCGACUUCAGUGAGAUCCUACCCGAAGAGAUCGAGGAGACGCUCAAGGCAGCCGCCGAGAUCUCGAUGGGUACCGAAAUCUCCGAGACCGACCUCGAGCACAUCUGGAGCCUCUCCGACCAGGUGAUCUCGAUCACUCAGUACCGCGCCCAACUCUACCAGUACCUUCAGAACCGUAUGGCUGCUAUCGCUCCCAACCUCACUGCCCUCGUCGGCGACCUCGUGGGCGCACGUCUAAUCAGCCACGCCGGCUCGCUCAUGAACCUUGCCAAGCACCCCGCUUCCACCGUUCAGAUUCUCGGUGCCGAGAAGGCGCUCUUCCGCGCUCUCAAGACCAAGCACGACACGCCCAAGUACGGUCUCAUCUACCACAGCUCACUCGUGGGCCAGGCGCCACAGAAGCUUAAGGGUAAGAUGGCGCGCAUGGUUGCGACCAAGGCUGCGCUCUCGAUUCGUCUGGAUGCGCUCGCCGAUGCCGAGACCAAGGGUGAGGAGGGUGUCCCUACCGUGGGUAUCGAGGCGCGCGCCAAGCUCGAGUCGCGCCUGCGUGCGCUCGAGAUGCAGAGUGGCCUGUCGGGCAUGCGCUCCGCAAGGAAUGCAGCGGGCGACCAGGGCUACAAGCAGAAGGGCUUCCAGAUGGAGGCUGGUGGCCGAUCGUACAACGCUGCUGCCGACGCUGCUGGUCCUAGCGACGUCGCGGCCGCCGCCCACUUGGCACCGUCUAUGCUCCCCUCGACACCGUCCAAGCCUUCCGCCGAGGACGUCGACGAGAAGAAGCUCUCCAAGGAAGAGCGAAAGGCGCUCAAGAAGGCGAGAAAGUCCGAGGUCGCUGCUGCUUCUGAGCCUGCUACGCCCGCUGCCGCUUCCGACGCCGGCGAGUUGAGCAAGGAGGAGCGCAAGGCACUCAAGAAGGCCAAGAAGGAAGAGGCCAACGGCGUUGAGACACCGAAGAAGGACAAGAAGGACAAAAAGAAGCGUUCGGCAGACGAGGCCGAGGUCAACGGCACACCCAAGUCCGAGCCAGGGUCCAGCAAGAAGAAGAAGUCCAAGAAGGACUAA